AUGGUUGCACAAGUCCCUGCUGUGGAGGAUCUCCUGAGGAGACCAUUAUAUAUCUAUGACGUUCCCCGGGAACUCCUCUCAACAUUGGCAACAAAAAAACCGAAUAUCAGCCUGCAGCUAUCGCUGAAUCGAUCCCGGAAAGGCCCAAAGAGACAGUCCAAGAGUAUGCGAUUGCUACUUCUAACUCGUGCUCCCUCUGCAAAAGGCAACCCUCCACUGGACGAGGUUCAGUUCAACAAGGCGAUCGGGGAUCUUGAUGAAUCGAUAUCUGGAUCCGAAUCGUCCGAAGGUGAAGAAGGCGAGGAGGGACAACUUACACACUUGCUAAAAAAGCAGGCCAAGAUCUCCCAGGCUGCCGAAGAUGUGGAAACAUCACCAAACCGAAGGACAGCUAGGAAGCAGCCUCUAUUUUGGUUCUCGAGUUCUAUUUUGCCAUCCAACACAUCUUUGGGUAUUUACAGAGCUAUGUUCUCGGACGUUGAGCAAGAUGAACCCUCGCACCUCGUUGAUACCCUGCGGAAAAAGCAGCUUGCUCCAAUCAAGGCGCAGAAUAGCGCGCAGACUAAAAGCUCUCCCGCAUCCUCCAGCCCACACAUAUUCAUGUGCAUGAUUGGUGGUGGACACUUUGCAGCAAUGCUUGUUUCGCUGGCCCCGGAAAUUCAUCGAAAACAAGGUGGUGUUGAAGAGAGACAGGCUCGUGUGAUUGCGCAUAAAACUUUCCAUCGCUACACAACCAGACGGAAACAGGGAGGAUCGCAGUCUGCUAGUGAUGCUUCGAGAGGAGCUGCUCAUUCAGCGGGGUCAAGUUUGCGUCGCUAUAAUGAAGCUGCACUUGAGAAGGAGAUCAGGGAAUUGCUACGGGACUGGAAGCAGAUGAUCAAUGAUGCCCAAUUACUAUUCGUCCGCGCUACAGGCACUACCAAUAGGAAGAUUCUCUUCGGCCAGUAUGAUGGUCAAGUUUUAAGGAAUAAUGACCCAAGACUUCGGGGUUUCCCGUUCAGCACUCGCCGAGCGACUCAAGGAGAGCUUAUGAGAUGCUUCAAAGAGCUCACUCGCAUGAAAGUUAGCGAGGUUGAUGAGGCAGCCCUCGCAGCUGCUGAAGCAAAGCAGCGAGAGGAAGCUUCGAAGCCAUCGACACCGAGACCGCAACCGCAACCGCAAAAACCGAAAUUGUCCAAGGAAGACGAGGCCGCUCUUCUUCACACCACUCAAAUACAGGCCCUUAUCCGCCGCUCUAAAAUCCCAGCUUUGAUGACCUAUCUUUCUAAAAACUCAAUACCUUCAUCCUUCACAUUCUGGCCAUCUGACUCCCAGCAAAACUUUCGCUGCCCCACCCCCCUUCAUCUUGCCGCCAACUUGGAUUCACCAUCAAUGGUCUUGGCACUUCUGACAAAGGCUGAUGCAGACCCAACGGCCGUCAAUACCGAAGGAAGAACGCCUUUCGAGCUCGCCGGAGAUCGGGCCACCCGUGAUGCCUUCCGCGUUGCCCGUCACGAACUCGGCGAAUCAAAGUGGAAUUGGGAUGUUACUAAGAUUCCAUCGGCAAUUUCCAAAGUUGAUGCUGACAGUCGGAAAGAGAGGGAGCGAAAGACGGCCGAAGAAGAAGAGGCCAACCGACGUAAAGCCGAAAUGGACCGAUUAAGAAGAGAUGAUGCUGCCAGGGCAGGUUCAGAAGACGCGAAGAAACCAGGUGGUCGGACACUUGGAGCCGUCGAGAAAACAGCCUCUGAGAAAAGGGAAGAAGAGAUGAGGGGGAUGACGCCGGAAAUGCGGAUGCGACUGGAAAGAGAGCGCCGAGCCAGAGCUGCUGAAGAGCGCAUGCGGCGGAUGCAAGGACAGUGA